CAGGCGUUUACUAUCGGCGUAUGGGCGGUGGUUUCUGUGUUCUUGCAGUUGUUCGUGAACUCAACUAUCGUGAAAUCUCUGGGCAUGAUGUUAGGCGAGAUACAGUACGAGUUCAGCUCAGCCACGUGGGUUCUGGGAACGAUCUUCGCGCUCGUCGAGUGCGUUAGUGAUCUCCUGGCACCAAUAGCAGGACCCCUUGGUAGGAGACUUGGUACCAGAUCGGUCGUCAUGGUUGGUGGUGUCAUGGUAACAGCUGGACUCAUCAUCGCCUCACAAGCUUCGAGUAUUGUACAGAUAGCACUCUCAAUGAAUAUACUGUUGGCUAUAGGAUAUUGCGUCGUCAACGUUCUUACACGUGCUGCUCUCGGCCAGCAUUUUGACAACAAAAUGUUUGCCCUGGCGUCAGGCAUCGCCUACACGGGUAACUCCCUCAGUCUGGUCACCCAACCGCCCCUCAUGCAGCUGUUUAUAGACACGUAUGGGUGGCGAGGAGCCAUGCUGCUCUUGAGUUCAAUCUGCUUUCAUCUUGUCGUGUGCGGCGCCCUUCUCGUUCCCUUGCCAACAGGCAGUGGUGCAAUUUCAACUACCACGUACACACCCCUGGAGCAGUCGACUGACCAAACCAACGAUCAAAUGGACGAGGACAAACGCGGUACCAGGUCUUGCCUGAAAUCUUUUUGUCAGAGCUUGGGGGAAUCAUUCGGCAUUUCACUGAUAAAGGACUACAAUUUUUGGAUUAUCACUUUCAUUUUCGUGGUGAAUCGAGUCAACAAAGGAGCUUGGCUCAUCUAUUUUGUUCCCCACGCUGUUUCUAGGGGGAUCGCCAAUAACGUAGCUGCUACCAUGGUGACGGCAGCUGGGCUGGGUUAUCUAGCGACCAGCCUAUUGGUCAGCCUGGCUGUAUUCAAAGAGCUAGUGUCGAGUACCAGCGCUAUGUUGGUUUCCAUCGUAGUGGUAUCCGCUUCGUUUCUCAUCGAGCCGUGGAUGACGUCAGGCUGGAUGAUGUCAGCCAAUGCCUGCGUGUACAUGGCUGGUAUGGGCACGGUGUUUGGCCUUGGUGACGUCAUGGUAAAGGAGUUCAUUGGAUUUGAAAGAAUGGCCAACGCCUUCGGCUGGAUGGGUUUCAUUUCGGGACUCUUUCGAUUUUUCUCAGGAUUCGUUCCAGGUUGGAUUUAUGAUCACUCUGGUAGCUACGAUGCAGCCUUCGUGGGCCUGGGCGCCGUUCAGCUGGUAACAGCGUUCCCGCUCCUCUGGAUGUGUCUACGCAACAGUCGUUGCAGUAAACCACGCCCCUGAACCACUGGUCUUCAUAAUACUACUACUAAUAAUAAUUACCGAUAAUUUAGGCGAUUCACAAUGCAGUGCGCCACCAAGAGUUUGCCAUAUAGAGUCCAUUUUUCAAGUUUACGGUCGACAAAACAUGGCCCAUAAUGAGCGUCAGUAGACAACUUGAGCUAAUUCUUUAUAGAUUGCGGCAUACCAUUCUGCUGCCUUUAAUAAAAAAAAAAACCCACCAUAUUGAUUAAAGGAACAGAAAAGGGCAAACAGAUACUCGAAUCAUACGCUUACGAAACUACUAACCGUAAAAAGUAAC